AUGUCAAACUCAUAUAAUUAUCCUGCGAGAGAGCACAAUCCAAAGCCUGGUGGCGGCGGUGGCAACAGCAAUUACUCUUCAGAGCAUCACCACCACCUUCACCACCAACAACAGCAGCAACCACAACAACAGCCUUCACCUCUUUCACAACACCAACAGGUGCCACCACCUCCGCAACAAAGAACUUCUCAUUUACUGCCACCUCCCCCGUCAGUUUCAACCAACCCUUAUGAAUUGAAUCGUCUGUUGAAUUCGGACGAUCGUGGUUUGCCUUCUACCUCAGGAAACCCUUACUCGCUCCCGCCUCUGCAUGCUCACCCGGCAUCCUUUCCGCAACAUGGCAUACCAUAUCCGUAUCAAACACAGACAUCUCCUAACGCUUCUCAGUUUAGACAUACUGAUUAUCAUCCGUUACAACAUUCUAAUCAAACUAAUCAAUAUAAAAUGGAUCAUGUCUUAUUGCCACCGACUAGUCAGACGCAUUCAUUCUAUCAAGUCCCGAUUCCGCAACAUUCAAAUCAACAACAGCAACAAUCACCAUCAUCUUCAUAUACUAGCAACCAGAUAGCCCCAAGCUCGCAUAUUUUAGAUCGUCCAAUGUCUAAUAACAACGUUCACACGACGAAUUUGCACUCGUCCCCUUCGUCUGGUCAAAAUAGUAACAAUAACAUGACGACGGAAUCUGCUGCGCAUCAUCCCUAUUCUCACUAUCAUCACCAUGAUAAUCUUCAACAACAUAAUAUAAGGGAUCACGGUCGGACAGGGACAGGAAAGAAAGGGAUAGCAAAUCAAGAAGUACUUGAAAAAAUGUCUAUAAAUCAGCUGCUAAGCGAACCAUCUAUCGAAGAAAAAAACUACGUAUUUCUAAAAUCGCAGAAUGGUUCUUCGACUAGUAGUUCAAAGCAACACCCCCUUCAUCAUCAUCAACAACAAAAAGAUGAUGAUGACGAUGACAACGAUAUAUAUAAAAUGUCACGUCAUCAACACUAUCAUACCACAACACCAAAUCAUAAUGUACAAAAUGCUCGUGAAUAUGGCAAAAAUAAUGACGAGAAUGAUAAUGGCGAGAACGAUAAUGACAAUGAAAGCGUCGAGACGGUGACUGAUGUUGAAAAAAAUGUGAUAAAAGUUGAGUCUUCUGUAGAAUCAAGUGACGAAGGAGAAGGGAAAAAAGAUAAAGACGCAGUAAAGAAGCGGCGGCAAAAACAUGAGCAAGUUAAAGAAGAGGAAAAUGUAGUGAUGGAAAUGGACGAAGAAGGGGACGAUGAGGAGCUACAUGAAGUAGAAGAUGAAAAGAAUGAAGAAAAAGAAAAGAGUAACGGGCUGAUGAAGGGAUCAACACGAACUUCAUUAUCCAUAUCGGAUCACGAAGACAUCUUGCUUCCUUCGCUUGAAACCUACGAAGGCGCCAAAGAUCCCCACGACUUGUUAUCAAAAGAUGCUGUUGCUACAGAUUUGCAAUCUAAUUAUAGCCCGUCGUCGUCUUCAAUUUCACAUUCACCGCUGGGCGUUGCGGUACAAGAUUCACAAGCGACCCAGGAUGACGAUGAAUCUCAAGAUAUAGCGGCUGAUAAUCGUCGUAAACUAUCAUCAAAGAAAAUUGCAGCGACGAAAAUUAAUAAUAAUAGGUCAUCUGAUCCUCCAUUAUUGUUAAUUUCGCAACAGGAGUCAAAUGGCCAGGAAACGCAGCAAAUUACACGUAAAUCGCAACCGAGCCGACUAGUUAAGACUCAAAAAUCUCAAUUAUCUCACCCGCCACCAACACAGCAGCCAGACUCCGAGUCUGACCAAAACGAUGAUGUUGAUGAUAUGGAUGGCAAUGUCUCAUCAUCCGGCUCCUCAACAGUGACGGUUUCGGAAUUGAAGCAACAUCAACAACAAUACGGGUCCAGUGAGUACACUGAAGAAUCUAGUGCUUCGGAAAGCGAGAGCGAUUUGGAUAUGAUGGAUGAUUCAAAAUAUGACGAGGUUUUGGUGAAUUAUAUGAUUGAUAUAUAUCGCCGUCAGCAGCGGCAUCAUCGUUUAAGAUUACUAGCCAAUAAAGAAAAUCGUCGUACCUCACCCACGUCAAGGAUUUUACGCAGUGGUUUUAUUGAAAAAUUAAGAAUUUCUGAGAAAAGGAGAGGGCGUGGUGGUAGAUCUGCUGAGGAGGAGAAAAUUGCCAAACAGCGUGAAGCUUAUGAGGAAGAGGAACGAAGAAGGAUCUGGCGGGACAUUUGUCGAAAUGCCAUACCAAAGAUGACCAAAAUUGUUAGUCAAUCAUAUACUUCUCGAACAAACAACUGUCGAAAAAUUGCACAACUGUGUCAAAAAGAAGCACGUAAAGCUGCACUAAAAUCAUGCAAGUCGACCAAAGACGUUCAAACGAAAGCUAGACAGGCUAUGCGACAGAAAGCCGAAAAAGAAGCAAUGGAGCGGAUGCGUAUCGAAGAAGAACGGCGUGAAGCGCAGCGACAAGCGCGAAAACUUAAUUUUCUUAUUACCCAAACUGAAUUGUAUAGUCAUUUCGUUGGGAAAAAAAUUGGCACCGCAGCAGCAGAAGAAACGGCGGAAACUUCAGCAGCCGUGUCAACAGUCGAAGCUGAAUCCUCUUCAUCAUCUUCUAUAAUGAUGCUUGAUACGGAUACGAAUUUUGAAACUAAUAUUGCGUCGAAUAAUGUUACUGCUUUCACGGAAAUCAAUUUCGAUGAAGAGGACGACGAAACAUUAAAGGAAAAAGCACGUGCAAGUGCACAAAAUGCGCUUGCGCAAGUAAAGGAACAUACACGCCACUUUGAUGACGAAAGACGAUUAUCUUCCGCAAGCAAGGAAAUGUCGGUUUCUCAACAAGAUUUUGACCAAAUGAACUUCCAAAAUCCGUCGAGUAUGCCCUCACUAUCAGAAAUUAAACAACCUAGUAUGCUUAUGUGUCAACUGAAAGAAUAUCAGUUGAAGGGAUUGAAUUGGCUUGCAAAUCUUUAUGAACAGGGUAUCAAUGGUAUUCUAGCUGAUGAAAUGGGCCUAGGAAAGACCGUCCAGUCGAUAUCGUUAAUGGCACAUCUAGCAGAGACACAUAAUAUCUGGGGUCCUUUCUUAGUCAUUGCGCCAUCAUCAACGUUGCAUAAUUGGCAACAAGAAAUUACAAGAUUCGUUCCGGCGUUAAAGCCACUUCCAUAUUGGGGAAACCCUAAAGAUCGUCAAACACUACGUAAAUUUCUGAAUAGGAAAAAUCUUGUAUAUUCCAAAGACGCGCCGUUUCAUGUUGUAAUCACGAGUUAUCAAUUAAUUGUUCAAGAUAAAUCCUAUUUCGAUAGGACAAAAUGGCAAUACAUGGUUCUCGAUGAAGCACAAGCAAUAAAAAGCUCGUCAAGCGCCCGUUGGAAAACGCUUCUUGCAUUCCAAUGCCGUAAUCGCCUCCUACUAACAGGCACACCAAUUCAAAACAGCAUGCAAGAACUAUGGGCUCUCCUACACUUUAUAAUGCCGACACUUUUCGACUCGCAUCAAGAAUUCAGCGAUUGGUUCUCAAAAGAUAUCGAGAGCCACGCGGAAAACAAAGGAUCAUUAAACGAGCACCAGUUGCGCCGGUUACACAUGAUUCUAAAACCAUUCAUGUUACGUCGAAUAAAGAAAAAUGUGCAGAAUGAACUUGGUGAUAAGAUUGAAGUGGAAGUGUUUUGUGAGCUGAAUGCGCGACAACGAAUGUUGUAUCGUGGCCUUCGUGAAAAGAUUUCGGUCGCUGAGUUAUUGGAGAAAGCUACUUCGUUGAAUGAGAAUGAGAGUGUGGACAGUUUGAUGAAUUUGGUGAUGCAGUUCCGGAAAGUUUGUAAUCACCCGGAAUUAUUUGAGAGGGCUGAUGUGGUUGCGCCGUUGGCUUUUUGUGAUUAUAGUUCUACGUUUAUGAUUGCAAGAGAAGCAGAAUUUAUGUAUAUUCCGUAUUCGUCGAAAAAUGUGAUUUCUUAUCCUAUUCCUAAGAUAAUUUACCGGAACGGAGGGAUGUUAAAUGUCCCUGGUCACGGCUCAAAAGCAGGUUUUGACACUAAAUAUCUUGACCACUUGAUGAACAUAUGGCAACCGGGUUAUAUUCAAGAAUCAUUAAUGGGUGAAGCUAAUG